AUGUUAAGACAGGCACUUAGAAGAUACGCUACAUUGCCAAAGUAUGCCUUGGAGCCAGCUUUUGGUGCUCCUAAUAAAGCUGCAGCUGAAGCAUUCAAGAAAUCGCUAGAAGCAACUACACACCAUGCAGAGAGCACUUCCGGCCUCUGGUACAAAAUUACUUAUUUUGUUGCAUUUCCAGCCAUCGGUUUAGCAGCUUUGAAUACCUAUUUUGUGGAGAAGGAGCAUUAUGAGCAUCGUCAACAUUUGAAGCAUGUUCCAGAUGCACAAUGGCCAAAGGAUCACGAAUAUCAAAAUAUUAGAACCAAGCCAUUUUUCUGGGGUGAUGGUGACAAGACUUUAUUCUGGAAUCCAAUUGUCAACAGACACGUUUCAUCAGAUUGA